UUGAGGAGGACAUCAUGUAUGUCAGUGGUAACAUUAGCUUAUCAAAGUCUUGGAGUGGUUUAUGGUGACCUGAGUACCUCUCCUCUCUAUAUUUACAAGACCACCUUCUCUGGGAGGUUGAGCCUUCAUGAGAAUGAUGAGGAAAUACAUGGGGUGCUUUCUUUUAUCUUCUGGACAUUUACUCUCAUUGCUCUCUUCAAAUACAUUUUUAUUGUGAUAUCGGCUGAUGACAAUGGUGAAGGUGGCACUUUUUUCCUGUAUUCCCUGCUGUGCAGGCAUGCAAGACUAAGUAUUCUACCUAACCAACAAACCACGGAUGAAAAACUGUCUGCAUAUGCAACAGAUGAACCCAGAGACACAUUGCAGAGCUCUGCUCUAAAGUCCUUUGAGAAAUGCCCAAGAUUUCAAAAGGGGCUUUGGAUUUUUGUUCUUCUACGGACGUGUAUGGCAAUCGGUGAUGGAGUACUUACUCCUACAAUCUCAGUUCUUUCAGCAGUUUUAGGUGUCAAACUCAAGAUCGGAGAACGUCAUGAGAAUUAUGUUGUUAUAAUCUCAUGUGUCAUUAUCGUGGGGUUAUUCUCCCUUCAGCAUCAUGGCAUGCACAGAGUUGCUUUUGUGUAAAGACUGUACAGAUCUAGUCUAGUAUACAUUUAACAUGGAAUGCCUUCCCUUCCACCUGGUGAAAAGUUUACAUUGCCUGAUCUUUACUUGUUUGUGAGGUGCAUUUUUAUAGUUUGAUGUCAUUAUAGUGGAUCAUAGAACUGAAGUGCUGCUGCUUUACCAUACUUCCCUGGAAUAUAACAGAGGGGUGUGACAUUUACUUCUGAGAAAUGGAUGUGAUGUUGCUCUGCUGAAGUAUUGAUUUGUUUUAGCUUGAUCAUUAUAAGUUUGUUCUGCUGAUAAUUGGUAGGGACAUCUAGAUUCAUCCUCGUGGGGUAGAAAGUUUUGUACUCUUUUCACCAAUGCAUAACAGUUUGUGCAACGUUUUCUUUCUUUCUUUUUUUCUUUAUUGAACGCUGCAUUUCAAAAUUCAUGUUUAUGAUGCUUUUGUUACGCCGGGAAGUAAAAUAAACACAGUUGAUAGAU